GGCGCGCGGCGCGUGGCUGCCGUGCGGACCCGCUCGUCGCGCGUGCGGACCGGGCCUGGCGCCUACGCGGCCAUGUCCUGGAUCUUCGGCAUCAACAAGGGCCCCAAGGGCGAAGGCGCGGGGCCGCCGCUGCCCCUGCCGCCCGUGCCGCCCGGGGCCGACGGGGGAGGCGACCGAGGCGCGGGAGACCGGUCUGCGCCCAAGGACAAAUGGAGCAACUUCGACCCGACGGGCCUGGAGCGCGCGGCCAAGGCGGCGCGGGAGCUGGAGCACUCCCGGCAUGCCAAGGAGGCACUGAGUUUGGCACAGAUGCAGGAGCAGACACUGCAGCUGGAACAGCAGUCUAAGCUCAAGGAGUACGAGGCGGCUGUGGAGCAGCUGAAGGGUGAGCAGAUCCGAGUGCAGGCUGAGGAGAGGAGGAAGACGCUGAGUGAAGAGACACGGCAGCACCAGGCUAGGGCCCAGUACCAGGACAAGCUGGCUCGACAGCGCUACGAGGACCAGCUGAAGCAGCAGCAACUUCUCAAUGAGGAGAAUUUACGGAAGCAGGAGGAGUCUGUACAGAAGCAGGAGGCUAUGCGUCGAGCCACUGUGGAGCGGGAGAUGGAGCUUCGACAUAAGAACGAGAUGCUGAGGGUGGAGGCUGAAGCCCGCGCUCGGGCCCGGGCGGAUAGGGAGAAUGCAGACAUUAUCCGUGAGCAGAUUCGCCUGAAGGCUGCGGAACACAGACAAACCAUCCUGGAGUCCAUCCGGACAGCUGGCACCCUGUUUGGUGAAGGAUUCCGAGCCUUUGUGACUGACUGGGACAAAGUGACAGCCACGGUGGCUGGAUUGACAAUGCUGGCUGUUGGAGUUUAUUCUGCCAAGAAUGCCACUGCUGUUGCUGGCCGGUACGUCGAGGCUCGGCUGGGGAAGCCGUCGCUGGUGAGGGAGACCUCCCGCAUCUCGGUGCUGGAGGCUCUGAGGCAUCCUGUUCAGGUUGGCCGCCGUCUCCUCCUCCGGCCACAGGAUGCUCUGGAGGGAGUCAUUCUCAGCCCCAGCCUAGAGGCACGAGUGCGGGAUAUCGCCAUAGCAACGAGGAACACCAAAAAGAACAAAAGCUUGUACAGGAACAUCCUCAUGCACGGCCCUCCCGGGACCGGGAAAACACUGUUUGCCAAGAAACUGGCGCUGCACUCAGGCAUGGACUACGCCAUCAUGACAGGCGGGGAUGUGGCCCCCAUGGGGCGGGAGGGCGUGACGGCCAUGCACAAGGUCUUCGACUGGGCCAGCACCAGCCGGCGAGGCCUCCUGCUCUUCGUGGAUGAAGCAGAUGCGUUCCUCAGGAAGCGAGCCACUGAAAAGAUAAGUGAGGACCUGAGGGCCACGCUCAACGCGUUCCUGCACAGGACGGGCCAGCACAGCAGCAAGUUCAUGCUGGUUCUAGCUAGUAACCAGCCUGAGCAGUUUGACUGGGCCAUCAACGACCGAAUCGACGAGAUGGUCUGCUUUGCCCUGCCGGGGCAGGAGGAGCGGGAGCGCCUGGUGAGAAUGUAUUUUGACAAGUAUGUUCUUAAGCCGGCCACAGAAGGAAAGCAGCGCCUGAGGCUGGCCCAGUUCGACUACGGGAAAAAGUGCUCACAGGUUGCCCAGCUGACAGAGGGCAUGUCCGGCCGUGAGAUCGCCCAGCUUGCAGUGGCGUGGCAGGCCAUGGCGUAUGCCUCUGAGGACGGCGUCCUCACCGAAGCCAUGAUGGACGCCCGUGUCCAGGAUGCCGUCCAGCAGCACCAGCAGAAGAUGCAGUGGUUGAGGGUAGAGAUGCCCAGGCCUGCGGCCAGUGAGCCCCGAGCGCCUCCGCUGCCCUGACGCCACAGCAGCAGGGCUGGACCUGACACCUCCCACCCUCCUCCAGCCUCUGCACACGGCCGCGGUGCCCUCGGAGUCGGCCUGCUGCGGGCCGCGGUAUGGUGCGUCAACAGCUCUGCUCGUCUGACCUCUUUCAGCCUCCAGGACUCUUGGGAUGUGUGUCUGUGACCAGGGCAGGACAGGGAGGUGGCAGAGUGCUGCCCCGAGGUCAGCUGCCCGCUGUGCUGGCAGAACGGGCUACAGGAACCAGACUGAGGACAGGGAAGACCGGGCCUGGCAGUGCAGCCGGGGCCCAGGCCCCACCCUGCCUGCACACACCGGUGCCAAGAAUUCACUGACCCCCUCCUGGUGUGGUGGACCCGAGGGUCCCAACCACUGGCCAUGGUGUCCAGUGCUCAGGAGCUGCUGCCCUUGCCUGGACUGCAGCAGGGCCUUCUUAUCUAGUGUCUAAUAAAGCUGACUGAGCCCUUGC